AUGUACUCGACUCUAGCCAUCCUUUCCGGUCUCCUGACCUUCAUCACCUUCACCACCACAGUCUCCGCCCACGGCUUCGUCCAGGGCAUCGUCACAGGCCACAAAUGGUACCCGGGCGCCCAACCCUGGUGGCGCGUGAACCCCUCCAUCCCUCACGCCAAAACCGCAGGCUGGUCAUCUCUGAACCAAGAUCUCGGUUUCAUUUCUCCCUCGGAAUACAACACUGCAGCCAUUGCUUGCCACAAAAGCGCCAAAUCUACCAACACUCGCAUCCCCGCAAAGGCUGGAGAUAAAGUGAGAUUGCUAUGGAGCGAGUGGCCGGCGAGCCAUAAAGGACCUGUUCUCACUUAUAUGGCAAAAUGUCCUGGCGAUUGCAGUAUUGUGGAUCCUACUACUCUUGACUGGUUCAAGAUCGAUCAGGCGGGUCUGAUUAAUGGAAAUCCUGCACCUGGCACAUGGGCCUCGGACACGCUCAUCGCAAACAACAACUCCUGGACCAUCACCAUUCCUUCCACCAUCAUCGCUGGCUCCUACGUACUGCGCCACGAAAUCAUCGCUUUGCACAGCGCAGAUCACGACAACGGAGCCCAAAACUACCCCAACUGCAUCAAUUUCCAAAUCUCUGGAAAGGGAACUGCUAAGCCUGCAGGUGUCAAAGCUACAAAGUUGUACGGUGCCAAGGAUAAGGGUAUUGCGGUUAGCAUUUAUUGGCCCGUGUUGAAGAGUUAUGCUAUUCCUGGGCCGGCGGUGUGGAAGGGAGCGGUCAAGAGGUGGGUGGAGAGGAUCUGGGAGGCAUAA